CCAAGUUGGGCCCAGAGCCCCCGCGGCGGCGGAGGGACGAUGGCGGGGCUCCGCCUGUCCGGGGUCUCUGGAGCUGAAACGGACGCCGGGGCCUGGGAGCCUAGAAGGAGGGGCCUCGGCCGCCUCUGAGUGGACCGGGCCAGGCAUGGGGAAUUGCCUGUCUUCUCAGCGGUCCGGCAUCAGGGCUGGGGACGAGGGACGGGAGCCAAUCCCAGUGUACCACCCAUCUCCAAGCCAGAGCCGACUGGCCGCACAGCUCACAGAGGAAGAGCAGAUCCUCAUCGCCCAGAGAAUUGGCUUCAUCCAGCACCUGCCCAAGGGCAUCUUCGACCCUGGCUCUGAGGGGUCAGAAAAGAAAAUGAAAGAGUGUGUGAUCUGCAUGUUGGACUUUGUGUAUGGGGAUGCCAUACGCUUCUUGCCAUGCCUGCACACCUACCACGUCCACUGCAUUGAUGACUGGCUCAUGCGCUCCCUCACAUGUCCCUCUUGCAUGGAGCCAGUGGACACAGCCCUGCUUUCCUCCUAUGAGACAAGCUGAAUAUGGAGCCUGGCAGCCAACAUAUCCCCCAGGCCUACUCAGCUAAACUAAUUCUGUGGAGCAGGGAUGCAGAGAGGGAAGCAGCAUGACAUGAUUUCACACAUAAUGGCUCACCAGAGGAGGAACUACUGCUUUCAACAUAGACGAGACCCUCUCCCCAAUCCCAGGGUAUAGCCCUCCUUUCUGCUGGCAGGGGCUCUUGUCUAGUCACUUUGGGUAUUCCCAGGCUAACCCCAAUGUAGGGGAAGAGUGACUAGAGAGGAGCUUCAUAUAUGAUUAUCUCUGGGCUAUUUCCAGUAGAAGAGAUGAACUGGGCCCCUGAUCAUGUAAAAGAUAAGCAAUAAAAUGUGUUGCAAAUAAAA